AUGAAUAGCGUAGAACGAGUUGCGGCGAGUUCGUUGCUGCUGAGCGCUGUCGCUUGUUGCGCCAGCAGUUAUUGGCUCGCAGCUGGCAACCCAACAACAUUAAGGCCAACGACGUUGGGCAUUGUAACCAGAGCACCUUCAAGGGUCAUCCGAUCUCGCCCGGAAAGGCCAGCACGACAGGAAGUUGGCCGCAGCGUUUUCGCAUCGUCAAAAUCCCGAAGGAACCUAAUACUAGACAUCGAGCCCCUGGAAGUUCUCGUGUCCUUGGAAGGACCCAUUCAAUGCCUGGCAGCGUGCCUGUUACGGUCCCCAAAGUGCAAAGCCUUCAACUACGGCAACAGGACUUGCGACCUCUUCCAGAACUACUUCUGCAACCCAAGCGCACCUGGUGGUAGUUUGAAGACUGCCGCCGGGUUCACUUAUUACGACGUCAUGACACGUGAUAAACUCGUGGAAAGCCGUGGAGAUCUGCCUGCCUGUACCAGCGAUGUCUCUUGUACCGGAGACUGUACAACUACGUCAUCAAGCCCCAUUGAGACUAGUACCACUGAAAGCAACACAACGGAACUCAGUACAACGGCCAAGGCCCCUACCAGCACCUCCAACGCCCCCAGCACCACCAGCACACCACAACCCAGGUUCGUGGUGCGCAUGGCCUCGGCGACCUUCAUGGCGUCCAUGCGGGCCUGCCUGGAAGAGAACUUGGUCAUGGCCAUGCCGGUCACCCUAGAAGAUCACAAGGAACUGGUGAAGCUCAUGCGCCAGAACAAGAUUCAGCGAAUGUGGAUAGGGGUUCAACGAACCUUGGAUGGCAAUACGACGUAUAUGAAUGGAGAACAAGUUCCUGGGGCAAGUCGGCGGUGGGGCAAAGGCCAGCCCAACAACAGCGGGGGAACCCAGAUCUGCGUGGAGCUGAUCGACGUGCUAGGCUAUAUGUGGAACGACUACGACUGCGAGAAUCCCACCGCCUACGCUUGCCAGCACGUCAACGCCGAGGGCCGUCGACCGGCACAGCGGCAGGACCAGGCUUCCACCGGCACCUAACUCGCAGGCCUCACGACUCGACCAAUAGCAGAAAAACACAAGAAAAAGAAAAAAAAAAAACUGAUCGUAACGUGCGUAAUCUUUAGUCAACGGUAUAAACUCUCUUUGACAUAUGAGCUGGACAAAAAUUUAUAAAAUGUAAGUCUGUUGGCCAAUUAAACCUCCGCUCUACUGCAUACAGGUAGAAACGGGGGGAGAGGAGGAGAUGGGAGCGCCGGAGGACAUCGGGGUGCCUACCUUUGAUUGGAAGGAUCAGAGGGUAGUCUCAAAGGCAAUACAUUGUCUCUCUUCAACCAAGAACAAACAAGAGCAUCACCUGCUCCUCGCGCAUUCUCUCGCGUUCGAAUGCCUGACACCGGCGAUUGACGUUCAAACGCGUUUGAACAGUGAGUAGAUCGAGAGACAAAGCCUUCGCGUCUACCCACUAUGCUUCUAGUCAGAGCUCGGCGCUCCAACGUCCCCGUGCGCUCUCGAUCCUCCUCUCCCUCAGUGUAUCUCCGUAUGGUCCAUUGAAAUAAUCGCCUUCUGGACGCCGCUAUCUUCGUCAACUGGGCUGUGGAACGCAUUCCGAGCAUGCGCAAUGGCCCUGUUCUGCCAAAUAAUGAAUACCGCUCCUGCGUCCACAACCCAGUGGCUCUGCAUUCUUGUCUGUGCGAUAAGCACUGGAAAGGCGUAUAGACCGUUUUUUUUUUUCGUGGCGGCCGCCAUGUUAAUUUCUGAUGUAGUUGAGUUUGGGCAAAAUAGCAAAUCACACAAAUUUCCGACUGGAAGGCGCUGGGAUGCAAGGUGUUUGUGCCAAUAGUUGUACUUUUUAAUGGCCGUACUUUCUAUUGUAGUUAUGUUUUAGACCAUCUGCUUAAUUUUGGUCGCGCAACCCAGCCACGUCAUAUUUCAACAUGGCGACCGUCAUACGAAACGGUCUAGAGAACAGACAAAUUGGCUUGGAAAGUUAUGUUUCCACAUAUAAUCGAACAUACCGUUAAAUUAUGUGCCUUGGGACUUCCUCACUUUUGUCGCCUCGCUAGCUUCCCCAGCACUCGAGCUGACAACACAAGGUGUGUAAAUUUAACUUGAGCAUAUUUCAUGAAAAAAAAAGAAAUCCGUAAAAGUUUUAAUACUCCGAUUUGUGCGUGUAACCACCUAUCUGUUGCUCGCAUGACCAAAUAACUCAUUUGGACAACGGCAUUAGUGAACGUUUUACGUCGUCCUUUCAAAUACAUUUGUUCGAAUAAAAAAUCAACACCCUGUAUAUUGAUUGAUGACCGCAUGCUUACCUUAGUUUGAAACUGUUCCAGCAGGCGAUCCUCCUUCUACCUUUAAGGCCCCUUCAGGAUUUUAUUCACGCUCCUUAGACAAAUAUAACUCGCUGCUGUGCGCUCUUACGUGUGUACCACGCCCUGGAAUUGCAACAGCCUGGCGCAAUUAUCCAGUCCCUUUUUGUUUUGUACACAUACAUAGAGUCCUACUUUCGAAACUCAAUAAAUAACUGAGCUACAAUUGCAGGUGUGGUUGCAGAACAACCAGGACUUUGGUAAAUAGAGUAGAAUUACAGAACACAGCGUUACGCUAUUAACAGAGCAAGUACCACGCAAUUUGAACACCUGUGGAAAGCAUAAAAAAGCGGUAUAGGGAGGGUGGCUCGCCAAAACGCACGCUGCAAAGCUUAGCGCAUACACAGAUUGUGUGGGUGGGGCAAUUUAUUCUGCGUAGCCUAUAAGAAAAAAACAACAACGUUAACUCAUACUGUUCGUUUUGUACUUUGUAUCUCGAUUUAAAAAGGAACAUAAGUAAAACAAGAAAUUGCUUGAGGUAGCCUAAACAGGACUGAAUACACAAAUAUACUUGUCAUUGCGAAAUGAUGCUGAAAAUAUUAAAAAAAAGCGGACACAUGUGUUUUUAAAUUCUGUUUGCGUUGAAAUUGCCAUAAAUAAAAAUAUAAGCAUUCUGGCUCUUAAAAAAUGGUUGACAGGUAAAUAUUUAUCUAAAAACUCGUGAAAUAUCAACCUUGCUAUUGUGUUCUGUGAUCUCUGCAUUGGGCUUUGUUCUCCAAGGAAGACGCUAAAUCCUCCUGAUUUGGUUUGUUGUCGAUGUUUCAAAACUCUCCAAACCAGCCAUGUUACUUCAUUCGCAUGCCGUGCUGUUGACCUUUCCACAUACGUACAUAAUCAUGAACUUGUACCACUAUUCAAAGUCUGCCUGUAAUGGUAACCAGCCGUUACCGCUGUGUACUUGUCCAUUAAAAGAAGUUGUAAGGACAUAGUGUGUCAAGGUGCUACAUUAUGUCUCUUUGUAAAGUUCACGUCUUUAACUACUCACUCAAUUGCACAGAAGUUCGCGAAAACGUUCUUUCUAAUUUGUUAUAUAUUCCCUUCUAAUUUGUUAUAAAUUAACAUUAAAAUCCACAAGAUCGUUUCUAGAUUGUGUGCAUGUUUAUAUAGAGGCAGGGUUAUUCCGAGGGCUGUAUUUUUUUUUCCAAGUUCCGAUCAACCAGAUAAAAUAAGCGAUGGAAAAUAUUUGCGUAUACAAAAAAAUCAGUAGUCAUACUCUGGCCGCUUCUUCCAUUGGAUACCGCACAUAUAAUUGCAGUUAUUAUGAUGUUCCACAAGAUUUUGGAUGCUCUCCCCGAAGAAGGUUACCGGCGGGGUUUUUACGCAUUCCAUCAAAUGUCAGCAAGACCAUCACUCGCCACAGAUGUUUGAUGCUUACGCUGAAAACUCAAUGAAGCUUCGGGAAGGGCAGACAGAUACCCUUAAUAAUCGGGGUCAAAAAAGAAUAUCUCUGCGGACUGACAGUCUUGUUGAGCCUGCGGUGGAAGGACUGAAAACUCGAGUAUAACAGCCCUUUUAGGGAAAAGCGUUCGUAAGCUUGUGCAACGUCAUAAACGUCAUAAUUACUGCAUACAUCUGUGAGCUGAUUUUGUGAAGAGAAACCUGGAAUGUGUGUCUACUCUCUGGGUAUAGUAAAGUAUUUUACAUCAAAGUUGCUGUUUUGCCCUUCUCAUUUCGCCACUUCACUUUCGCCCAAUUUUUUAAAAUCUUUGUAUGUUUAACCA